CUAAGUAGUUUCGUUUUUAUCCUAGAUGCAGUCAAAAAAAGUGACGAUGAUGAACUAAGACUAGUAAAAGACCUAUUUAAUAACUACAGCAAGGAGGUCAGGCCAGUAAAGAACAAAAAGGCUGCAAUCAAAGUGAUAUUUGGAAUUGCUUACACGCAACUUGUUGAACUGGUAAGCACAUUCAAAACUGUUUGUGUUCAAGUUUGAAGUUGAAGUCAAGUUUGAAGCCAAGUUUGAAAGCAAUCAGUUGUUGUCGCCCAAUUUUACAGACGUUUGUAUGGUGGGAGGCAAGUUCGUGCACCCCACGAUACAAACGUCAGUAAAAUUUCGCGACUUAAGGGAACUGUUUCUUCGCUCGCUUUAGACCUUUUUAAACGUGGCAAGUCUACUAAAGUUAAAGCAAUUUUUUCAGCAGCGUCAACUGAUUUUCAUCAAAUGUAACCGUGAAGGGUAUACUGAAUAACAGUUAAAACCCCUCCUAACCUGUAAUAACUUGUAUUACCAUACCCGCAGGACUUUGUUGGUAAAGUUGCUUACUUUGGUUAAGUAGCAAAUCACACUGGCGAUAAAAUCAUUGACAAAACAUACUCAUGUGUUGUCCACCUGGUGCAACUGUCUGAAACAAGUCAACAAAAUAAUUUCACCAGGUAGAACCAAUGCGGAAAUAUGCCUUCUUCGGACAAUAUGCAUUCUUCUACUCCUUCAGUUUCAAUAAAAUAUGUCAAAUGAAAUCUCACAAGGAAAACGAAACGGCUAAAGCCAAAGAUAGGUCUACUUACAACAUUUGUCCUGAUAAUUCUCGUGGGAAGUGUUAAAUGUUAGAAACGGAAACGUUUUAGUAAGUUUUGGUACCUACAAUCCCGUCUAAUUUUCCGUUUGAUGGUAAGUUCUUUAUUUUCAGUACAGGGCCCGGUUGUUCAAAGCUGGGUUAAGAUAACCCAGGGUUAGUGCGAGAUUUGAAUUCAGAUUUGAAAGCUUAAAAAGCAUUUAAGUUUUAAUUCUUUUUGUCCACAGGAACUACCAACCUUCAAGAUUUUUAAUGUCUCUUUUAAUAGGCUCUUUUACGAAAACUUGUAUUCUUUUUCUUUGGGCCCAAUUUAAAUUGGGGCCCAAUUCGCGAUUAGCCGGAAGCUUGUUGACCCGGGUGAAAUGUAAAGACCAUUUCCUCAGACCCCUGAGCCGGCGUAGAGACCAUUUUGAGCACCAUUUCUUCCAUUCAGUUUGUACAGCAAAUGGCGAGCGAAGCAAGCCGUGAAACAACUCAUCCCUCGCACUCGCGUCUCCUUCCGCGUGCAGGGCUCUCGCGUGAAUUCUCGUGACUCUCCCAAGUGGAGGGCUUGCUCGCCGGCUAAACCGCAUCUUUUAAUUUACGCCUUAUUCUUCAUAAACAGGAUGAAAAGAAUCAGGUUCUUGUGAGUAAUGUGUGGAUAAGACAAGUAAGUACAUAACUGACUUUUCUAUAGAAGUUAAUUUUAAAUUAUAUGGAAAGUAAGAAUUUGGGUCUAAUUUUUUGUACAAAGCUUAAUAAAGAUUCAUUUUCGAUUCUAACAAUCAACCCAUCAAUCAGUCAAUCUCCAUCAUACCAACAAGAUCUAAAUCAAUCUCUCACCAACCAAUCAAUAACUGUUGGUUUAAUCUUUCAAGUCCGCAGUCAUCCAUCUAUCCACAGGCGGUAUUUAAUUUAUCAGUCUAUACAUUAUCCUUUCAUUCAUCGAUCUAUUCAAACAUCCAUCAAAGAGGCAAAGUAUAAAUCAACACCCUUCUCUGAUAAUAAACAGAAAAGCUCCAAUCUAUUUAAUGACAGAAAUUUCCUAAAGAUUGCUUUCUGAGCACCAAAGCCCGGGCGUGGUGCACCUGAGGGCUCGCACUCUAGGUGCCUGAGUACGAAAGCCCACGGAUAUAUCACUAGGAAUAAACUCCUUUAAGGUCUUUUGAUUGAAAUGAGCCAGCAAGGCCACACGCAUUCAUGAAAUCACUAAAUCGUAUGUUCAAAUUUCGUUCCUCUGGGCUUAAAUUUUUUUUUCAUAUCUACUCCACAAGAGUUAACCAAUGUAAAUAUAUUUGAAAUAAGCUGAAAUACGUAUUCGACAGAAAUGGAACAAUCAUUUGUUACGUUGGAAUGCAUCUAAUUAUGGGGGAAUAAAGUCCAUCAACGUGGAUCCCAGACUCAUCUGGCUUCCAGACAUAGUUCUGUACAACAAGUAAGUGAAGAUUAUCUUCAUUCAGCUAUCGACAAUUAAUGGUUUUCACAUGACGUCCCUAAAAUUCAAACUAAAAAACUAUCGAUCCUACCGAUAUUUUACUUUCGCGAUGCAUUAGAGCAGCUGAAAACUAAGUUUCACAUAAAUUUUCGCUUCAAAAGGGUUGUUGGUUUUGUGAUAGAGUACGCUUGAAUUUCUAAGCCUUUGCGUGACGCGAAAUUUACAUGACGGCCAAGAGAGCUGUCACGUAGGUUAAAAAAGUGACUUAUUUCAGUAAAUCAGUUUUGCUAUCUAAAUAGUUCAUGUAUAAGAAAAAGAAUUACUUCAAUGUUUAUGAGUUUCUCGAAUAAUAAAUUCACGCUUUUGUAGCAAAACUCGGUAACAGAUGUUUCUGUUGGUUUCCGUCCGCCAUGUUGGAGCUCAUCCAGGUGAGCACCAGCAUGGCGUCUCCAUACAAAUCUCUAUAAAGUUUGGGUAAAACAUUUCUUCACAGGGCCCAGAGGAGUUACGUGAGAAUAAAUGAAUUACUUAUUUAAUUUAAAGUCUCACCUUGAAAAAUGUCUAUACCUGUCGCUUAGCACGAUUAAUUAGCCCAAUGGGAUCUUUAAUUUAUGAAUCUACUGUUAAACGAUUUCUUCGCUUCUUAUCUAUCGAAGGGCGACCGAGGCACGAAGUGCCGAGUAAAAAAAACGGUAAGCCGAUCUCGAGAGCCCUCAGUCUCUUGGCUAAAAAACUGUGUAACGAAACUGUACCACGAUCAAAAUAACCCAUUUUUUCAGAGGUUUUCGACGGGUUUUGAUGUUCUAACGACAAACACAUCUCCUCUGGACCCUGUGAUUUCUUCGGAUAUCUCGUAUACGAAAUAUUCCUCUGAACUGAAUCUUGGCGAGGGUCUUUGUAUAUCUAUAGCUACCUCCUUUCAUUUUCCAUAUUCUGGACUUCAUCUAUUGAACGGUUUUGAUUUUUAUUCUGAUCUGUUUUAAAUGGCGUGACCCUGAAAACCAUAGGCAUUGUACUGUUAGGCUAUUUCCCCGUCUCUCAACGGAUGCUGCGCACGAAGUACUAGUUAACUAAUACAAAGAUCCCUUCUGGAGAGGGAACAGCAUGUAGUCUACCUACUGGUUGUGAAAGGCUUGAACCUUAUUUCUCAGUUAUAAUAAAAUACACUUUUAGUCUUUAUCCAGCAGGGAAUACGAAGUACCUGUUCUGCAUUUCAGCGCUGUCCUUAUUUAGCUAACCCUGCGCUAGCCUGUGAAAAAACGGCUCUAAGUUUGGAGAUUGAACGAAUAAAAAGAAUUGAUUAGAAGGCUAGAAAAUCAAAACAGAAGGGGAGAAGGAAUGGGGAAAAAACGUAACUGUGGGACAUAAAUGAAUUAGGAAAAUUGUAGCCCUCGAGGAAGUUCUCCAAUUGCAAAUUACUCGUGACCCCUCGUUUCUCCCGAUUUCGAAAGACAAAGGUUUGCUUAAGGGGUAGAAUAAAAUGGACCAAUUUAGGUUUCUGGGAAACUGUCCACCUACCCCUCCCCUAAGCCAAGCCUUUGCCCUAGGUGAGAGGUAAGUAUUAAUGUUGACUUAGGGGAGGGGUAGGUGGGCAGUUUCCCAGAAAUCUUAAUUGAUCUGAAAAGAUAAAUUCAACGGUGACAGUAUCAUAGGUUACGCACCCAUGUUCUGUAGCUUAACCGGUUUGGUAGGUUUUAGUUCGGUUAUAUCUUAGCUAAUUCGCCCUCCUACCGGUUAAGCCACUUAAAUAAGAGCACAUGACCUUAAUAAUAUUCCCCCACAUUUUAUUCAUGAGAUAAAGUAUAACGCCAUCGUCGGUAAAAUAUUCCCGCGCAAAAAAGGGUUCUAACCAGAGCGCCAUAUACUACUGGUCAGGAUUGUUCAAAUGUUGGAAUACACCAUCCACAGGAUAAAUCACUAGCUAGUGGAUAGGUAUUAGAAAAACCAACUGCGCUAUCCCCUGGAUAGAGAUAUAUUCAUUGGAUAGCGUAUAGUAAUCCACCUUUUGAACAACUGGGGCCUGGUGUAGAUGUGCUCAUCUCCGUUCGCGUUCCCGAGCUUGGUACCAGCACUAGCCUGUCCACCUAUCCACGGGUUAUAUUGCGUGGGCAUGCUCUCAAUGGUCUGAGUCAUUGCUUUGGCAGGAGCCCAUAGAUGUAGGCUCCAGCUUUGGUUAUGACUUGACUGGCACAACAAACACACUUCGCUUUCCGAAAGCAACCACAUUAAGGCCGAUUUAGACUCCGUGAGUGUAAAAGAUAAGCCGGAGACUACUCGAAUCGAGUCGAAUUGCUUACAAGUCAUAUUGUAUCCAGCCACAAAUUUCCAUGCAAGAAUUGGUUGAUCGAGUACGGAUAUCCAUUGGCCGGUGGCAGAGGAAGAGAUACUGAUAAGCAACAAAUUAGAUAGAUAUUUAUAUAGAUAUUAGAAAGAUUUUGUGAGCAAGGAAUCAGCUACACUAGAUUCUCUACGAAAACAAGAGCUCUGACAUAAAGUAACUUGUGUUCCACCAUAUUCAGUGCGAAUACAGGAAUAACAAGCGGUAACAUGGACCAGUUCAAGACCAGAGUGAUUCUCACUUCUGAUGGUACUAACCAAUGGUAAGCGUUUAAUAUGGGAAUCCACCUAUGAAAGUAACAAAAAUUUUACGAUGUGCGGCAAUAAUUCUAAAAACAAAAAUUAAAGAGUUUUAAUUGCAUCUUUAGAUAGUCAACUUAAGUGAAAAAAGAACUCCUGCUUGUGGCUUUUCUCUGAUUUUUCAUGACUGGCGACUUUCUUCUGUUAAUGUCUUAGAGCUGAGAGAUAUAGAGGAUGUUAAUGCUACUUAGUUGUGGGGCGAUAAAAAUGUUUUUUCCGUAGCUCUAGUGCCAGGAGCUACUUGCGAAGACUUGGAGACGGAAACACCUCUUGUUUGAGGGCCCUGUAUAAUCGUUCUUGCUGCCGGAGUCCUUUUCUAAGCUCCUUUCCUUUUCGGUCUCCGAAGUCCGGUCUUUGAUCCUCCUCGAACCCAGAAAGAUAAGUGGGGGGUCAUUUUCCUCAACAACGGCUUGUAAUCGAGUUUAGUUCCUUUUCCGAUCGGGGUGGAAUGAGUCAGAUCCUGCUCGUUAAGACCACCUUUGUAUUUUUGUUCAAACAGGAGAAAUGGUAGGAGGGAGGGGACGUAGACCCCGGUAGUGUGGCCAACCUUUCCUGGGCUGGGUAGGUUAUCUGUAAGGAGAGAUCUUAAUAUAGGGAUAACCUCAUGGUCCUCCUUCAAGUGUUGUAAUGGCUACCUGUAAACAGUGCAUGUAAUACAACCUGAUUAAUAAGAAUUUAGAAUCUCAAUCUGAUUCAAUAUCUGUUUUAGGUUUGCUCCCACCAUUCUUCGAAGUCGCUGUGCCAUUGAUAUCAAGUUCUUUCCGUUUGAUGAUCAGAAAUGCGAUCUCCAUUUUGGUUCGUGGACGUAUGAUGGACUCAGAGUGGAUUUGGUAAAUGCCAGCACUGGUGUCGACCUGGCUUCUUACAUGGCUAGCGGCGAGUUUGAAAUGGUUGAGGCACCCGUCAAACGAACUAUUGUCAAAUAUAGGUAAGGUCAAUUCUACUAAGAAACCUCAUAAUGGGUCAUAAAAAGCUUUUAUUAACGAGAAUAAUAUUAAAAACUUAUAAGUACAUAAUUAUCUUCUCCGCAUAAUGGUUCGCCGGUGUCGGUGUUAAGAAACCCAAAUGGCAGUAAGUAAACCAACAGUUGGCUAAUUAUUUAUUUUGAUGCUUGGCUCGGCCAGUAGUUGAAUUCGUGACUUCAUUACAAUCUUGUCGAAUUUAUGGAGUGUUCCUACGAAAGAGGUUCUUGUUUAAUAAAAUACAUAAUUAUUUUUUAAAAAAAUGACUACAAGAGUGUCGUCCUUCAAGUUUGGGCCGAAAGAAUAUGAUAGUCACUAAGGCUUUUCAGAAAGGUUUCCAUUGUAUCUUUUAGGGUCAGUCACUAGUACCCUACUCCGCCCCCCGCCCUCCCCCCUCCCCCUUUCAUUAUAAAUAUCCCCCAGUAUCCUUUCUCAGAUACAAUGCCUGCUUGCUCUCGUUUCUUUCUCACGUGAUCCAGCACCUAACCUUUAAUCUUUUUAAUUUUCACUAGCUGCUGCCCUGAACCUUACCCAAACGUGAUUUUUACGCUUCACAUCAGAAGAAAAGUUCUGUUCUACUUUAACAAUCUGAUUGUGCCCUGUUUUCUUAUCACGGCUUUCGCACUUUUGACCUUCGUUUUGCCGCCAAACACCGGAGAAAGGGUAACCCUGGUGAUCACCACGCUCCUCGCCAUGACUGUGUUUAUGCUGAUGAUUGCCGAAAACACUCCGACCACGUCCGAUGUGACUCCAUUAAUCGGAAAAUUCUUCGUGGCUUCUAUGGUGGAGAUAGGACUGGCUCUGAUUGCAACCUGUUUUGUUUUGAACCUCUACGAGGCUACAGGACCAAGUUCUGAAGUCCCACGAUGGAUUCGUGUAUUACUAAUCGAUAUUUUCGCGCCGUUACUUCUAGUUGGAAGGCCAAAGCCGAAGCCAAAACGAAAAUUCAAUCCGUCGGAGACCAAUCGGAGUAACCAUUCGUACAGCCCGAUCUUGACCGAACACAACGGAAAUAAUCUGGAAAUGGAAUGUGGCGCAAAAGAUGUACUAGUUGUGGCACCAAAGGUGGGUGACAAGGUCCUAACGUCCCGAGAUUUCAUCAAUUCUGUGCAUGAAAAUAACAUCCGACACAGGGGAAAUUCUACUCAGGAAAAACUACUCGAAGGAAUCAACGUACUUACUGAGCGUGCGAAAGAACAGGAAAAACAAGAUGAAAUGAAGGAAGAGUGGGAAUCAGUGGCUAAAGUUAUAGAUCGGUUGUUCCUGCUACUUUUCAUCGCAACAGUUGCGAUAUCAACGUCGCUCAUCUUUUUACAGCGGCCCAGUUAUGCUACUAUGUAG